UUCAGCGUUGGACUGUACGCUGAUGCUGUUUCCUGGCUGCGUGCGUUUUCACGUGACCCCACGAGCGAGUGCGCCUCAGAGCCAGCGGCUGACACUGAAAGCAAAAGCAAACACAACAAGACACACAACAAGCAAACUGAUUCACUUCAGUAGCGGACGCUUGUAAUUUUCGAGGAUGUUUUCACUCGGGGAGAAAAUUGAGUUUCUCAUAGGAAACCCGUUUUCAACGCCGGUCGGACAGAGAAUCGAGCAAGCGACCAAUGGAUCGCUAGAGUCAGAAGACUGGGGGCUCAACAUGGAGAUCUGUGACAUCAUCAAUGAGACAGACGAAGGGCCGAGAGAUGCAGUUAAAGCCAUUAAGAAGAGAAUAGUAGGAAACAAGAACUUCAGAGAGAUUAUGUUGGCUCUCACUGUUCUGGAGGCGUGUGUGAAGAACUGUGGCCAUCGUUUCCACGUUUUGGUUGCCUCACAGGAGUUUGUUGAAGGGGUUUUGGUUCGUUCUAUUCUGCCCAAAAAUAACCCGCCCACUAUCCUCCAUGACAGGAUCCUCAGCCUCAUACAGUCAUGGGCUGAUGCAUUUCGAAGCUCUUCCUCCCUGUCGGGGGUGGUACAUGUAUAUGAUGACCUAAGAAGACGAGGUCUGGAGUUCCCCAUGACAGACCUGGAUGCUCUGUCCCCCAUCCACACUCCAAAUAGGAGCACCCCAGAAAAUGGAACCGCUGAGAUCCCCUCUGUCACUGCUCCUACGAAUGAGUCACAACUGGAAGCUGCUUCAAGUAUUUCCAUUCAGAAUACAUCACCUUCAUUUCAGCCCAGUGAAGGACCAGUCUCACUUUCUGCAGAACAGGAGCAGAAGCUGCGAAGUGAGCUUGAUCUGGUGAGAGGAAAUCUCAAAGUGAUGUCUGAAAUGCUAAAUGAGCUAAUCCCUGGACAGAGCCAGCCAGAUGAUACACAGCUGCUACAGCAGCUGUUCUCUGUCUGUAAGAGCAUGCAGACUCGGGUGGUGGAGCUAAUUCCUCAACUGCUGGAUGAAGGAUUUAUUGAAGAGCUGCUCGUGGUCAAUGAUGACCUCAACAACGCCUUCAUUCGCUAUGAGAGGUUUGACAGAUUGAACAAGGCACAGGUUGCUAAUACACAACAGAGCUCUUCAACAAACCUUAUCAACCUCAGUUCUGAGCCUUCCACUGUCAGACAACCAGCUGUCAUUUCAACAACCAGCCAACCAGACGCCAGCACCAGUACCAGUCAGCUGCAAUCAGCCAAUCACAAUGAAGAGGAGGAAUUUGACAUGUUUGCCCAAACCAGAGGCAGCUCUCUGGCUGACCAGAGGAAAAGUGUUAGGUAUGAAGAUCCAGGAGCUGUGGAGGGCCUGGCUGGAGCUCUUGAUACCAGGCUGCAGGUCACAGGAGGAGGGUGUACAGCAGCAAUUCCACCAGCGAAAAACUCUAUGCAGAAUGAUGUUGACAAAUGGUUAUCUUCUGAUGUGGAAGAGCAGUCUUCAGUUUGCGAGGGAGUUUCCAGUGAAGAGUUUGAUAAGUUCCUGGAGGAUCGGGCGAAGGCGGCAGACUACAGCAGCCAGACGAUUCUCAAUGUGCCAUCUUCCACACCCAGACGGCCACCACAAUCUAGCCAGCAACAGGAUACCUCACAUGAUCAUCUUUUCUCACUCUGAGUGUGUGAAUAAGCAAGACGACAGGAUGGAGGUCAACACAGGAGCAUCACAAACUGAAAUAUGGUUACAUUCACACGUAUAGUGUGCCAGGUCGGGUUUUUUCUAAAGGACACACGCACGCGCACACACACACACACACACACACACACACACACACACACACAUAGAUGAAACCUGACACUACAGAACUGCUAAUCAAUCAGCUUGUUUCAUAAAUGCUGUAUUUCUCCGUUAAUUCUGCUGUUUGUUAUCUUUAUGUGCUUAUACAAUUUUAUGUGACUGUAUUUAUAUGUAAUAUUAUAACAUGGGAGAAAACUGGAUGUUUAGUAUAAUGCAGAAAAUAUACUUGAUAUUACACCAAAUGUGCCUUUGAUCCAUAAUGCUGAUUUUGUGUAGAUGAGAAUAAAUGGGACAUUUGCCCCAUGAACA